UUUAUCGUAUUUUCAGAAAAGAAAAUGGCGAUCCUCUCCCGCCUGCAAAACCUGAAGGGUGUGUUAAAAACCCCGGUCAGAUUCGGUGGAGGACAUGCCAUUGCCCAGAACCGACCCUCAAGAUGGAACUACGAGAUCUUCAAGGACAAUAUGCACUUUUAUUUCAUGCUCGGCGCUGUACCCAUUGCUGUUGUUGUAACUGUUGCCAACGUUCUUCAGGGCCCAGCUGUACUUAAACCUAUUCCUGAAGGUUAUGUUCCCAAGGAAUACGAAUACCAUAAACAUCCCUUAACCAGAUGGUUAUGCAAAUAUAUUUUCACGAGCUAUCAGGAGAAAUAUGAAGCCCAUCUUUCAUAUGUGUGGGAGGAUACAGUCCCUUUCAUAUCUACUAUAUAGUGUAUGGGAGGAUAC